UUUUGUAAUUGUCGGACCCGCUUAUGUCGCAUAAAGCCCACGAAUAUGCUUUCUUCUUCUCUUUCAUUUAUUCCUUCCUCUCUUCUUCCCUUUUCUUUCCAUAAUCUCCUCCUUUCCUCCCUCCUCCUUCUCAGAUCCUAAGUAUCUUACUUUCCUCUUUCCUACUAUAGUUGAUCCCCCGAUCAUGGAGUUUCUCCUAGAGAUGCUUCUCACGGCCGUUGUUUCCCUUUUGUUUUCUUUCCUUGUGGCCAAGCUCGUCUCUGCGUCUAUGGCGGGCAACAUCGGUGGAGUAGGAAACGAUCAGGCGGAGAUCGGUGUCGGUGAUGGUUUUGUAAAGGAGGAGCUUCGUUUUGGUAUGAAAAUGGAUGCCCCAGUGGUCCAGAGCGAGAGGAAUUUCCGAGUUGUCGAUGAGAAUGUGGGACACGUGGAUCGAUUUGGAAGCGAAGCUGAUCGAGUCGGUGAUGAACUCCAGGAAGCUGCUAAAGGCGGAGAAUUGGCGGUUCCAACUGCCGAAGCUGAGGCUAAGUCCUUGCCCGAAGUCUCGCCGGAAAAUGUGAUAGCCGAGGAGUUGAUUGUUCGUGGAGAAGACCAACGGAGAGACUCGGUGGAAGAAAUAAGUGGAGAAAUCGGUACCGAACACGAAGAGCUGAUUGUUCGAACAGCGAAAGAUGAGUCCACUGCUUCAUUCACUCAAGAAGGAAGAAGCGUUUGUGCAGAAAACGUAAAAAGUGAAGAUGACGUAGUCGCGGAAUCUGAGGAGGUUAGUGUCGCAGAGAGUAGUAGUACGGUGAAGAUAAGUAAUCUCAACACUGAAGGAGAAGGAGAGGAUGAAGAGAAAGAGGAGUUGAGUGUUGAAGAAGAUGAUGAUUGGGAGGGAAUUGAGAAGACUGAACUAGAGAAAGCAUUUGCGUCUGCUGCAAAGCUUUUGGAAGAAUCCGGAAAAUCCGAAGAAAUUGGUGCGGAAGCUAAGAUGGAGUUGUACGGCCUGCACAAGAUCGCCACCGAAGGGUCAUGCCGAGAGGCACAACCUAUGGCCGUCAUGGUCUCUGCUCGUGCAAAAUGGAAUGCCUGGCAAAAACUUGGAAACAUGACUCAAGAGGAGGCAAUGGAGCAGUAUCUUGCACUUGUUGCCAAGGAGGUCCCUGGAUUAAUGAGUACUGGUCAUACUGUAGGGAAGAUGUCAGAAAUGGAAACCUCUGUUGACUUACCUCCUAAUUCAGGAUCAUUGGAUGAUCCGACCACCUUAGACACAACUGGUGCUGAAUCCAGCAAAAAUGAUAAUGUUAAGACCUAUGAAUCAAGCAAGGGAACUUAUAUCCUCAUAGUAGUUACCUUUGGUAUGAUUCUAGCAAUCGCCAAUUUCCAAGAAAUCUGGUGUUUCCAUUAG